AAGAUCUUUGGUUCUGUGAUUCAAUACUCAGAAUGGCAAAAACAGGGGAAAGCUUGAGAGAGAAUCCUAGAUGGAGUCUUCGAGGCAUGACCGCUCUUGUAACCGGUGGCUCCAAAGGCAUCGGAGAAGCUAUAGUAGAGGAACUAGCUAUGUUGGGAGCAAGAGUCCACACAUGUGCCAGAGACGAAACUGAACUUCAAGAAAGCUUACGUAAAUGGCAAGAAAAGGGGUUUCAGGUUACUACUUCUGUUUGUGAUGUUUCUUCUCGUGACCAACGAGAGAAACUCAUGGAAACCGUUUCUUCUGUCUUCCAAGGAAAACUCAACAUAUUAGUAAACAAUGUGGGAGCUAUUAUAGUCAAGCCGACAGUAAUGCAUACAUCAGAAGAUUUCUCAUUUACGAUAGCUACAAAUCUCGAGUCAGCUUUUCAUCUCUCACAGCUCGCACACCCUUUGUUAAAAGCCUCUGGUUCAGGGAACAUCGUGCUCAUCUCCUCCGUAUCUGGAGUUGUGCAUGUCACUGGUGCGUCCAUGUACGGAGCUAGUAAAGGAGCAUUGAAUCAGCUAGGAAGAAACUUAGCAUGCGAGUGGGCAAGUGACAACAUUAGGGUUAACUCUGUGUGUCCAUGGUUCAUAGCAACUCCUUUCGUUAACGAAGUUCUUAGUGAUAAAGAGUUCAGAAAUGAAGUGGAGAGUAGGCCACCGAUGGGACGUGUUGGAGAGCCAAAUGAAGUAUCAUCACUUGUGGCAUUUCUUUGUCUUCCUGCAGCUUCUUAUAUAACAGGUCAAACCAUUUGCGUUGAUGGAGGUUUUACUAUUAAUGGUUUCUCUUACAAACCUCUGCCUUAAGGCCAAAUUAGAUUGUUUCCGUUUAUAUUUACGUUUAUUAUCAUUUCUAUAACCAUUUUAGUGUCUUUUUAUAUCUUAACUCAGAGUUGUAAAAUAUUUGUGAAUUACCCAAAAAAAAAAAAUGGGAGUUCGAAAUAAGACAGCUCUAAAAUAUAUUCCAUGCUUGUGUUUUAUGCGA